CUGAAUACACAAUUUUCUCUUAUACUUAAUUUCUCUUGAUAAUAUCAUCAAUUGUCUUUCGAUUUAUAUUUAAACAUAUAAGUAUCAAUAAACAUGGAUGAUCAAGCAUGCCCUCGAUGUAAAACAACAAAAUACAGAAACCCAUCAUUGAAAUUGAUGGUAAACGUAUGUGGUCACACGUUGUGCGAAAGUUGUGUAGAUUUACUGUUUUUAAAAGGUUCAGGAUCAUGUCCCGAGUGCAAUGUCCCACUCAGAAGGAGCAACUUCAGAGUUCAAAUGUUCGAGGAUCCCAUGAUAGAAAAGGAAAUAGACAUCCGUAAACGAGUACUCAAGGAUUACAAUAAAAAAGAGGAGGAUUUUGAAACAUUGAGAGAAUACAAUGAUUAUUUAGAGGAGAUUGAGACUAUUAUUUUUAAUUUAACAAAUAACAUUGAUGUAGUAAAUACUAAUAAACGAAUAGAACAGUACAAAAAGGAUAAUAGAGAAAUAAUAAUGAAAAAUAAGGUUAAAAUUGGUCAAGAAGAAUUAGAGUUAGAAGAAAUUCUAGAAAUAGAGAAACAAAUGGAAGAGUUGCGUCGCACAGAAGUAGCUAGGUCGGAGCUGGAAGCUAAGAAACAGAAGAUUAGACAGAAGGAGGCACUUAUUGAUGAGUUGAUGUUUGCUGAUGGUGAUGCAAAGGAAAUAUUGAACACAUUUGCACAGACUGUAGCCACUAAACAAGAAGAAGCAUUACCUCCACUCCCAAUGGUAACUCAAUUCUCAACGGGUGUGAAAUUCACACGCGGAUUGGCGCAGUCACACAUUCCUGUCAUAGAAGAAGGUCCACUGUACAGAUACGAACCACUGAUCACCCCUGAUCGAAUUGGACCCGAUCCACCAUCCUUAGAGGAAAUUGUCAAAGAAGGUUAUCUACAGCAUGUGAAAGCAGAGAACGAUACAGAGAAAGCAGGCGGUUAUACCUCAACAUUGCCGUGCCUGCGUGCUCUACAGGACGCCCUUGCCGGAUUGUAUCACGCCAGCUGACAGGGCGAGCCAAGUACAGUAGACACCGUUAUUGUGCUUGAUUAGUUGUUUUAUUACUGGACUGAACUGUACACUAUAAUAAUUUUUGAGUUAAAUCAAUAUUUUUCAUAUGGAUGAAAUGAUGAUUGGAAUAAUGCACCCGCCUACACUAACGGUUUACACUGGCGGAGCAUCAGUGGAGGAUGAUGAGCAUGAGGUUAGGUCAGUUAACCCAUCUAUAUAAAUUCACCAUGAUUUUAUCAUGAUGGUUUCCAGGGGGCAAUGGGGUUAUUCAUCUAAAUUACUAACAAUACCCUUCCCCCAGUUAAACCAAUAUUAGGUAUAGUAUAUUAUGUGUAAAAUAUACUACCUUUAUAAAGAUAUAAGAACGGAAGCUAUUAAUUUAUAUUAAAAAGAGGAAAAUAAUUGCCUUAUGUAUGUUUGCUUCUUUGCACUGGAAACUGUCAAAUAUUUGACAGAGUUUUAAAAUAUUCAUUCAUAUUCACCAGACAUGAGUAAUAGGUAAUAUUAUCAGUAGUACAUUCACAGAUUUUGUGUACUUUUAAAAAUCGAUUUAUUUUAUUGGUUUGAAAUCAUUCAAUACUGUAUGAACAUACGUAUAUAUUUACGGUUGAGUAGAAGAAAAAUUAGAUUUUAAUUUCCAUCGAACUAAGUUUUAUCUUGUUAAAUUAGGGUAUACAAUGAGCCCGUAUACAGGCCUUUUCACAUGGUACAUAUUAAAUUUUCGUUUCUUUGUAACAUUUUACUGUAAAAAACAUUUAAUAUUAAUAGAUACAACGAUCUUAAGAAAUAAGUUGUACUUUGGCGGAUUCAUAUUCUAUUUAUGGAAGAACAUCACAAUAAUUAUUUGAAUAUGUGGCCAGAUUAGGCUUUAUAUGUAUAUAACACGUUUAUUUUUUAAAUACGGUCAAAGUAACAACAAGAACCCGUUAAUAUGUACAUGUUAGGUGUAAUAAUCUAUAAUUACGUUGUUUAGAAGGAAUCUGGUGAGAUUUUAAUUUCUACGUUGUAUUAAUAAUUCCAAAAUGUACAAAUAUGAUCCUAUAUAAGUUAUUAUUAU